CCACUGACUGCGCGGGGAGGAAUGUGCUCUGACAACGUUGUUUCGAAAAUAUAACCAAGUGCCUAACUAACCCUGAUCUACUUUCUAUCUGGACAAGACUUGAUCUCUCAAGGGCACGUCUAAUACCCGCGAUCUGCUGAAUCUACUGGCUUACAACCCGGUAAACAUGUCUACUACAAAGGCCUCAAGGAUCGGAGAAGAGCUAUGGAAGACAAGGGUUGACAAGGUCAAUGCGGAGCUGGUGACAUUGACUUACGGGACAAUCGUUGCGCAGUUAUGUCAGGAUUACGAUAGUAAUUACCAGGAAGUGAACAAGCAACUGGACAAGAUGGGAUACAACAUUGGGAUGCGACUUAUUGAAGACUUCCUUGCCAAGUCGGGCGUUGGCCGAUGUGCGAAUUUCCGAGAGACAGCAGAUAUGAUCGCCAAGGUCGGAUUCAAAAUAUUCCUCAACGUCACGCCCACCGUGACCAACUGGACCAGCGACAAUAACCAAUUCUCACUGGUUUUCGACGAGAAUCCUUUGGCCGAUUUCGUGGAAUUGCCCGACGAUGGUAGGGCACAGGACGAGCUAUGGUUCUCCAAUAUUCUGUGUGGAGUUCUCAGAGGCGCAUUAGAAAUGGUGCAAAUGCAGGUCGAAGCACACUUUGUUAGUGACGUGUUGCGGGGUGACGAUACAACGGAAAUGCGGGUGUCUCUGGUGAGGUAUAUCGAGGAUGAAAUGCCCCCGGAGGAAGAGUAGACGGGGGUUUCUCUUCAGUAAUGGUGACAGUAUAAACAUCAUGUGGCGUAUGGUGUUCUCGCGUUUUGGGUCUUAAUUUAUUUCUUCUUCUAACCACAAAUUUCCCCCGUGAAGCUGGUACAACCAAUACAUACCGCUAUCUCUUCUCUUUAGGUGUGAAUAUGAUUUGUGUGAUAUAUUUGAGCUGCCACUCUGAACGCAGAAUGAAGGAGGGAACAUAUGUGGAUAUGUUUCUCG